CUGACUUUGGAUGGAUGGCAGUGCACAUAGGUUGCCAGGCUACUAGCUAGUAGACGUGACCCAAACAAUUACAUAAAAUUGGUCGCUUGUCACAUAUUAAUUGUUUUUAGCAGCAACACAAGGGUAACACGCUGCCUCGUGGGUCACGUAGUACCCUUGACACGUAAAAUGGUUCCCGACCUCACUGGUCUCAGCCAGGAAGAGGCAGACCUUAUUACAGAUGUCUUGUCACGAUUAAGCUUGGGCACUUUAGGAACUGCUCUGCCGGGUUCCCACGCAAUCCAGGAAGAUGCUGGUAAACAAUCUGAAAACAAAGACUUGCUGGAGCUUGACAUUGCGGAGCAGGCAAUUGAGCGAGAGCUUCGCGAAAUGCAAGCUUGUCCAGAGGGGAAUGCAGUCGGCGUGUCGUGCAGCAGGCCCGGUCCGACCCCGAGACCCUCUCCUCAUGCUUCACAGACCCCUUACGCAGGGAGGGUCCUCAGCCCACGGUCGUUGCUGCCCUCCUGCGCCACCAAUACCAUGGCAUCGACGGCUGACGGGAUGGCGGGAAUGAGCCCUCGCGCAGGAGCUUCCCCGCGGCAACCGUCACGGACGGAGGCUGUGCUGCUUGGCAGCCGCAUCCCAGCACAGCCGGGUGCAACUGCACCAGCUAGCGCACCCAGGCCAGUAGGGGCGGAUCAGAAGCCUGAAGAGACGCCCUCCAACGCCACCGCGGUGGGGGUUCGGCCUGCAGGGUGCCCUAGCGCUGACACUCCCUGCUCAGCAGAACCAAGCCCUCGCCUCACGCUUACAGCAGCAGUGACCGCAUCGCUACAAGGGAUGCGGGAAAGGCUGCGACAGCAGCAGCUGCUGAAUGCCGCCUCUGCCGCGGCUGCCAGUGUCGGCGAUGCCGCCGUCCCGGAGCCCCAAAUAGACCAGGCGGCCACAGAGGCAGCGACAGCGCAUAUCAGUACAACCGACAAAGCAGGUGGCAGCCAAGCCUCGCAUGGUGCUGGCGGCAAUGGUGGCAGCACCGCGUGCUCAGCUGCAUCAACCGCUCGCACCGCGGCAACGUUUGCAAGCACAGCAUCACCCAGACCCGGACGCAGCACGGCUUCCGCACCUUCCACUGCCUCCAAAGCCUUUAGCAUGCUGAACGCCCGCACUAGCCUUGAUCGAUAUGGCGGGGAGCCGGGUCUGAGUGAUGCCAAGAGCACAUCGCCCUCUAGGGCCCCUGUCAGGCUGCCCGAGAAGGAGCGCUCGGCCCGGCUGCAGCAGCUUUACCAGCGGAGCCUCCAGUGGCGCAAGCGCUGUGAGGAGCAGCAUGCGAAGGCACGCAAGGAGCGCGAGGCGAUGGAGCUGGAGGGCUGCACCUUUUCGCCGCAAGUCAGCCCGGCCUCCAACCUCAUUAUGCAGGGCAAGCCGCCUUCCGAGGUCUACAACGACGCCACCAAGUGGGGAACCCCCACAAAGCACCGCCGGGACACGGCUCCGGCUCCUCAACCCCGCCCGCAAAGCGCCUGCAACACUUCCUCAACACAGACGCCCCACCGCCGGCUAGAUACUUGGACCCCUAGCACCGCCAGCAGGGCCGCUGCGUCGAGCGGCAAUUCCUCCUCCACAGCGCAAGCCAGCCAUGGCAGCCACGUCAGGGCAGCUGCUGCUGCUGCUGCUGCAGCCUCAGCCUCAGCGGCCGAGUGCAGCAGCGUUAACAGCAACCACGUGAGCAGCCCCAGCGCCAGCGACAAGCCAGGCAAAGUCAUAGUGGACGGUGCCAAGGUGGGGUCACGGCUGUACAACCGCGCGCUGGAGCGGCGGUUCCGGCAGGAGGAGCGUGUCGUACAGCAGCUGCUUGAGGAGGAGCGGCAGCGGCACUUCACGGCGUCGGUGCAGGGCAUCACGCCGCGGGUUUACGACCCGCCGCAGCAGUCUGCUGUAGCUCGGCACCUGCCCACCGGCAUGGAGGAGUGCACGUUCCACCCCAGGACCCGUUUCCGUGCUAUGUCCGUCCGAGCCGCUGAUGACUCCGCGCUUUAUCAACGCUUUGACGGCCACCUCCACCACAGCCAUGUGCACCCGCACUUUACCAGCCCCAGUAGCAACCACCACCACCAUCACCUCCACCACCACCGGGACAGCAAGCACCACGACGCGCCACCCACGGCUGCUGUGCCCGCCUCCCUACGCAGCUCAUCCACGGGCUCGGCCGCUCGACCCAAGUCCGCGCCGCACUUGCGUGGCGAACACGGCUGCCUGAGCCCCGGCGGCUCGCAGCCCCCGUGUCCCAGUGAGCAGGGCCCAGCUGCUAGCCCGCGCAGCAAUACUCGUGCGGAUGGAGGUGCAAACCAUGCGAGCAGCAUGCACACGACCAUCAGCAUCAGCCCUGACCUGAAUUGGGAGGAGUUCUUGGACCGGCAGGGGCGCUUCCUUGCCAUUCGCGAGGAGAAGCUGCAGUCGUUGGAGCAGAGCGUGCACAGCUCACCAGCUGGGCCGCGCAUGUCGCCCGGGAGCAAGAAGUUGCUGCGGGAGCGGGGGCUGCGGGAAAGCAGCAGUUCCCAGGUGGUGGGCCAGGAGGGCGUUGGGGGCGGCAUGCAUGGCGAGGCGUCCACCUUCACCUCCUACUCAUCCCCUACCUGGCACGACCGUCGCGUGCGGACCAUUAUGGAGAUGUACAAAGAGUGCACCUUCCAGCCGCAGAUAACCCGGAAGGCGGCUGCCUUGCCGGGCCGCAACGUAGAGGAGCUGGCGGACGGGGGGCGCUCUCGGCGGGAGGAGUGGAUUGCGCAGCAGCGAGCGCUGCAGCAAGUCCGCGAGGUGGAGGGCGCCACCUUCAAGCCGCAGCUCGCCAACAAGGAAGCCUUCUCGCACGUGCGGCCCCGCAUCAACCUAAGGAACCCGGACGCCUAUCUGGCACAUGUGGCGCAUAAGCGGCGGCAGCGGGAUGCACUGCGCGCCGAGCUCGAAAGCGAACGUGCAGCUCUGGAGCUGCAGCACUGCACCUUCAAGCCGCAAACGACGCCGCUCCCACCCUACCUCAUCCGCCGGCUUCAAGGACAGCAGCUACAGCAGCAGCUGCAACUGGAGCAACAGGAGUUGCAGGGCCUUGACAACGACCCGCAGCUUGGGCCGUACAUGGCUUGGGACCAAGCAGAGGGUUACGGUGGAGUGGGGGCGGUGGACAUCGAGGGCGUCGAGGGCUACCCGGCGUACUACGAUGAGGGGCUGGGUGUGGAGUCCCCAGGACAGCACCUUCAAGCUGAGGAGUUGGACUAUCCGUACAUUGAAGACGAGGCGUUCGAGUUGCCUGCACACGACAUGGACGAGUACAUCAACGCGUACCAGCGGGCGCUAUACUAUGCAACAGCUCAGCCGCAUGGGACUUAAAGUCGGACUGUGAGCGGUGAACCGGCGACGUCGUUGCAUCGUGUUGAUCGUCUUGCACUUCCAUGUAGCAUUCUCUGCGAUGUAAAGCAACAAGGCAGCCUGUCCGCCGAUCUUGUUGGGCAUGGGGAAGGGUUCUGCCGUAUUGUGUACAGGACAUGGCUACGUGCAUCGCAAUAUACAGUAUUUCUUCAUUAACGUUAUGUAUGACAUAACAGCAGGUGGUUACUGUAAUUUCCAUGGCCCUUCAACUUUCCUAACGUUGCAUUUGUUUGUCCCCGACCACGAAGUUCGCGACGGACGAAACCAGCAUGCUAAUACAAGGGUUUUUCUGAAAGAUCUGACAUUAACACUAAUCGCUGAUCACGACGGCAGUAGGUUUGGCAGCCUCUUCUGAAGGGCUGUACUAUUGCUUCUACAGCAUGGGUUUCCUUGCCUGGGAAACUUAGGCUCCUAAUGCAGUUUUUGACAGCCUGAAAGGAUGCAGGAGUCUUCCAACGGCCCGACUCACCCAGGUCGCAGCGUGCCAUCCAAGCUCUUGGUCGCUAUCCCUGGGGAGGCGGGACCCGCUGGAGGCAUUUGUGAGACGCCGUCGGAAUUCCAGACGCCGUCGUUCGAGCAAAUGGGCUUUGACAUGGGUGCACUUCUUAACCAGAACGCGCCCCAGAACCAGGCGGCAAACGAUUUAUCAGGCUCUCUAAUUUCGCCUUUUGGGAACGGUCUUCAAGACCUGGACUUACUCAUAUCACCGCUGCAAACAAAUGGCAGCUCUGGUGGCUUUGGUGGAGAUUCUGGCCAGCAGGGAGGGGUUCACCAGGGGCCUCCCAGUUCUACGCCUACCGGGGGAGCCCAGCAGCCCCAGGGUCAAGCCUCCAGCCAGCAACACGGUGGGUCGGGGACCUCACCACCACCAGGCCCGUCAAGUAGCAGCUACGCAGGCGGUUCCAACGGAGCAGGGCCAGGCUCAUCUGCUGCUGGAGUGACAGGCGGUGAAAGUGAGGCCUCAGCAGCUGCUCUACGGAAGUCCAUGGGCCCUCCUUCCACAAUAUCAGCACAGAUGCAGCAGAAGCUUGCACUGGCGCAUGCGGGGGGAGCAUCUGGGUCAGCCGUCGGGUCCGAUACGGACAAGCGCAGUGGGAGAGCAGGCGUGCUGCCCAGGCCGCCCCCCUUGACCAUCCCAGCGGACGUUCCGUCGAGUCUCAUUACCGGCAUCAACGCCGCCGGGAUCUCUCCGCUUCCCAGCAUCCUCAACUCUCCGUUCCUGGAGUCGCUAGUGUCUGCCUCGCCCAAUGCACAGCUUGCAGCCAUGUUUGCCCAGCUCGCGCAGAGCACACGCGGGGGGCAGACUCCGGCGUUGUUGGACGCGUUGACGCCUGGUACGGCCGGCGCCUGGCCCGACUCCACUAAGUCCGGAGGUGGCACCCUGCGGCAGUUGCUGGAGAUGCACGACCCUAGCAGCAUGGGGCUAGGAGAUGGCGAGUUGGAUGAGGCAGCGCUAGCAGACGCCUUGCUCAGCAAGGGUUUCCUUGCAGGCCUGCCGAGCGCACGGCGGGUAUCGCAUAGCAGCGGUAACGGGCAUGGGAGCGGUGCUGCAGGCGGCGGUCGCGCUGGCGCAGGGGCUGAUGACGAUGCUGGCGGCAGUGCUGUCGAAAUGUCCCCGGAGCAGCUGGCGAGCAUUGGCCUGCAGUCGCCGUCAGCAUUGGGCGUGGGAGAUAAUGGCCACGUGUUGUACAAAGGAGUGCAUUUUGACAAGGAGCAAAACACAUGGCAAGUGGUCGUUUUCGACGGGUCCCGGUACACGGUUGUCGGUGAGUACACCAAUGAGUUGGAGGCGCUGGUAGCCAAUGAGCUGCUCUCGCCCGCCCAGCCCAUGCCUGGCAACCUCAACUCGCUGCUUUCUGGCGGUAGCACUGGCGGCGCAGCAGUGCAGACCAGCGGGGGCGGCGGCGCUGGUGGCGGCAGUCAGGGUGGAGCGGGGACCUCCAAUGGCGGGGCCCCGGGCAGCGGUUCCGGCCAGGGUGGCCAAAGCCAGGGCGGCACCGGCCCCAGCGGCGCAGGCAACCGGACGCCGAACAUCACCGAGUACUUGAACCGCUUGGCUAGCAACAACCCGCUGUUGGGUGGCUCGGCGCUGAGCCCCACCGGCGCCGGCCUGUCGCCCCUUUUCUCUGCCAUAUCGCCGGCUGGGGGUGGUGGCUUCACCGCUCUCCUGCUGCCCACACCACGGGAGCCGGGCAGCGCUGGCGGGGGUGCGCACCUGCUGCCCUCCCCGACGGCUCUUGGCCGCAGCAACACCCUUGCGCAGAGCCAGGGCGGGUCUGGGCCGGUUAAUGCUAGCGCGACGCCGCUGCUGCCAUCUCAGGGCAGUGCCAGUCCCAGCAGCAUCUAUCGUGGCGUGCUGUACAAGAAAGAGCAGCGCAAGUGGGCGGCUGUUAUUGCGGAUGCCGAGGACACCCACUGGUUGGGAUUGUUUGAGACUGAGGUGGAGGCGGCGAACGCGUAUGACAUUGAAGCGAUGCGACGGUUUGGGCCCAAGGCGGAGCUCAACUUUCCCCUUGCCUCUAACGCAGUAGCGGCGGCGCAGUUUGGAUUUGGCGCGGCAGCUGACGCGGCGGCAGCGGAGAUGGGCCUAUCAGCCAUGCAGCAGCAGGGCAUGUUGGGCCUCGGCAUGGGAGCGGGUGUUGGCCCUGAAGGAUCUUACGAUGAAGAGGAGGAUGAGGACGACGACGGCGAUGGGGCGGGUUCACGUCCUGCGGCUUUUGGGGCCGCUGCAUACGGUCGGGGCCGCGGCCGGGGCCGAGGGAGGGGAAGAGGCAGAGGGCGCGGGAGAGGCCGGGGAAGGAUGCGUUCCGGGGGGGCGGGCGAUGACGACGACGAGGACUUCGUGCUCGGGAGCUCCAGCAGUCGGGCUGACGGGGCUGGCGCGGGGCGAGGCAGGGGUCGUGGCCGCGGCCGGGGGGCGGCGAUUACUACCGUUGCCAUGCCUGUGGUGCCCGCACCGGACAUCAUUGGCCCGGAUGGCAAGCGGGAAAGUGUGUACCGCGGCGUGGUGUGGGACGAGAAGCAGGAGCAGUGGCGGGCGCAGAUUGUGGAGACCGGCGGCGGCGUUACUCACCUGGGUCACUUUGCUACUCAGGAGGAGGCUGCGCGCGCCUUUGAUGCAGCCGUACUGCGCAGCGGGAAUAAAGAGCUCUUGAACUUCCCCAUCGUUCCAAAGGCCGCUGCCAACCCGCACCCCGGCCCCAAGGCACGCGGACCUCGCGCUCCCGGCACGCGGGUGACCUCCCAGUACAAGGGUGUGUCUUGGAACAGCGCCUGCUCCAAGUGGGUGGCGGUGCUGUGGGACCGCGAGCUGAAGCGCGCCCGCCACAUCGGCAGCUACGAGAGCGAAGAAGACGCGGCACGUGCGUACGACAAGGAGGCGUUGCGCAUGCUCGGUCCGGAGGCGGGGCUCAACUUCCGCGAGAGUGCUGCGGACUACCUGGCGGAGAUUGGGGCUGACGGCGUGCCCGAGGGCACCCACAACAGCAACAAGGGCUCCAGCCAGUACCGCGGCGUCAGCUGGCACGAGCGCAGCCAGCGCUGGGAGGUCCGCGUCUGGGGAGGCGGCAAACAGCAUUUCAUCGGCUCCUUUACGGAGGAGGUUGAGGCUGCACGCGCGUACGACCGUGCAGUCCUCCGGCUGCGGGGCCAGGACGCGCGCAGCAGGAGCCGCAUGAACUUCCCGCUCUCGGACUACAACCUUGACGAGCUGGGAGUGCAAGGCGACCCGGGGUUCUUGGGCUUGGCUGUUGGGAUGCGCUCUACUCCGGAGCCACGCGCACGCAAGGUCGUGCGUCGCAAGCGGGCUCGUGGGGAUGGUGACGACAGUGACAGCGAGGAGGAUGUCAUGCCGUCGCGGAGCCAUUCAGCCUACGGCUACGCCGCGGCUGCUUUGCCGGCGCCCCAGCAGCAAGCAACCGCCAGUACGGGCACCAAUCCCAGCGCUGCGGCAACCGCCAACCGCGCUGCGCAGCAGCAGCUAACGGCCGUGUUGCAAGCGGCUCUGAAGCAAGGCAACCUGCAGCUUCAGCUGGGAGCCGCAUCUGCCGGCGCUCCUGGAGCCGUGUCGGUUGGGGCCGCUGGCGGGAGUGCCGGCGGUGCGGAAGGCGAUCCACAGGCGCGUGCUCUUGCGGCGUUGACCGCUGCCGCCGCAGCAGGCGGCCUGGUCGUGCCGCUGCCUGGGGUACCCGGCGGUGCCGUCGUCCUCGGCAUGCUGCCGCAGCUGGCGGCAGGAGCUGCUGGUAAGCAACCCCAGCAGCAGCAGCUGAGCCUGGAGUUGCUUGCGCGGCAUGCCAGCGUCCUGAUGGCGAAUAAACAGCAGCAGCAGCAACCCGUAAACCAGAUGCUGUUGCCUCCGGGGCAUCCGGGCGUGGCCGUGUCUUCGGAACAGCAGGCCACUGGGCAGCAGGGUUUGCAACUCGAAGGGCAGCCGAGUGCGCUGGACAGGCAGUCCGGUGCAGCUGAAGGUACGGGCGGCGCAUCUGCUCCAGGAGACGGGCCUCAACCGCUGGACCGGCCUAACCAGCAGGAUCCAGCCGCAGCUGAAGGGAUUGCAGGCCGGGACUUGUCCGUUACGGGAAAGGGGCUUCAGUUGCAAGGGAGCGCUGAAGGCGGAUUACGCCUGCUCCAGGGCUUGGGGACCAGCACUUCUGGAGCCCACGCGGUACAUGGUUCGCAGUUGCAGGCGGCUGCGGUACUUCCCAAGGCUGUCCUCGACCUGGCAUCGCACGGCUUUGUGCUCGGGCCAGGUGGUGGCGGCGCCCUCACGCAGGCCCAGCUCAACGCAAUGCUCCUAGGGCAGGCCCUUACACUCCCGCAGAGCGGCCUUGCAGGCGCGCCGAAUCAAAGCCAGCAACAACCCCCGUUGGACCUAGAGGGUUCAGGACCCGCCACAGCGCGGUUUUUGCAGCCUCGUAGCAGUGUCGAGCAUGCAGUUGGCGAUGUUCGCAAGCGGGAAGAGGAAGGGCUAGACGUCCUUGGCGUCUCGGGCGGCGGGGGGUCCAGUGGGGCCUUGGGGGGUGGCGCCAUGCCAAGCUCGGGUGGAGGGCCACCCGCAAGCAAGCGCUGGCGGGCAGAUGGCGACACCUCCGGGAACACCGACGGUGAUGACGCCGAGGAGGAUGCUGGCUAUUGCGAGGGCGGCGGGUGUCCAGGUGACCCUGAAGACCCACGGCAGCCCGCAACGGAGUGCGCGUACGACGAUGACGCGGAGCAGGAGCAGGGGGGGUGUGACGCGCCCCCGGCCGCAGCGAACGUGGGUCUUGGCCAACAGCUGGGCCAGCCUACGGGCCGGGGGCGCAGUCAGUACCGUGGAGUCAGCUGGUGUGACAAGGUAAAGAAAUGGCGCGCAUUGCUCUGGGACGGCAUCCGGCAGCGCUUCCUGGGCCAUUUCGGUACCGAGCUGGAGGCGGCCCGAGCCUACGAUCGCGCAUUGCUAGAGCUGAAGGGUCUGGACGCCAAGACGAACUUCGCCGCUUCUGAAUACAAUGGCAUUGCAUAUGAAGACGUCGCACGCGGGUCACUGCCUAGCAGUUCCCACAUGGGCGUUUCGUACAACACGGCUUCCGGUAAAUGGGAGAGCCGACUGCGCCAGGGUGACAAGAGCUUCUACCUUGGCAGCUUUGACAACGAGGUGGAAGCGGCGCGUGCCUAUGACUGUGUGGUGUUGCAUCUGCUUGGCUGCACGGCCGAGCUGAACUUUGACGCCGUGUCCUACACCGACGCUGAGAAAGCGGAGGCCCUUGCGCGAGUCGUGCCCGUGGUACGUCACGCGAAGUUGUGAAGCUGCUUUCCAAAUGCCCAGAGAUGAACCUGACCUGUUUGGGUUGCGUGGACUGUAUGCAGGUGCCCGAAGAGAUCUGAGGAUUUACAUUGCUUGUGCAUGUUGGACUGAGGCAAUAUGGGCUUGGAAGUCAUACUCCUGCGAGACAAGACCAGCAGAAGGCGCGCCGUGCGCAGCACUGCAACUGUUGAACAUGGUGGACCUCUGUCUGUACAGUGAAUGUACCUGCAGCUGUUGGUUAGUCGUCGUGGGUGUUGUGUGAACACGUUGCCGUGUUAGUUGGGUACUUAACUAUGACCCUCGACUUCGGUUACAGGAACUGUCGAGUAACUGUAUUGCGCGGCCGUCACUCUACCAGAUGCCAUGGUUGCCAUGUAACUAAACCCGAAG